AUGUUAAAAGCUUCAAAACUACUUCAACAAGACAUGAUAGAUUUACAAAUUGAUGAAUGCGAAACGACUUCAGAAAAUGAGAAUGAUGACUACGAGUUAGUACACCGUCGCUUGAAUUCGGUACUGGCAGUUGUAAGAUGUGCCGCGCACACAAUUCAAUUGGCGGCAUAUGAUUCUUUCAUGGAAAUGCAAAAUAAACUGGUGGAGUGCAGGAAAAUUGUGAAACUACUUAGGGCUAGCAUAAGAAGCUGUAUUAACUCUGCGGAUCUACGUUUGCCACCAAUUGAUAAUAUAACUCGAUGGAACUCAACAUUUGAAAUGAUAGAAUCCCUUUUGAAUUUUAAACAGCAUAUUAAUGGAAACGAUAUGGGAUUUUCUAUUGACUGUGAAAUUGAUUGGAACUUCAUAGAAGACUUUGUCAAUGCAUUUACACCAAUGGCGCAAUGUAUCAAACAACUUCAAGCUGAACAAUACAUUAUCGGCGAUUUUUACAGAGACUGGCUUCUAUGUGAAGCAAAAUUAAAAAAAUGGGUGAAAAUGCGUUUGCAAUAAAGUUGUUGGAAUCUAUGAGAAGAAGGAAAGAAAAAUUACUCGACAAUGUUGCAUUCCUUUCUGGUAUAUACUUCGACCCAAGAUUCAACUUUUUGGAUUCACCGUAUAUUAAUGAUGACCAAAGGAAAA